AUGAGUAUGUCCCGCCGUAUUGCACGAAUUGUAGUAAAAUUGGACAUAAAGGUUCUGAUUGUAGGAAAGCCACGCAUUGCCUCUAAAAAACAAGAUGCAGCAGGUUUAAAAGAAUCUUCCACGUCUGGAUUGUCUGCGCAAGAGAAAGCAAAAAUCACUGUUGAUGUUGAGGACAGCCGAGAGGUUGUUGUUAAUGAGCCCAAUGAUCAAAUUGCUGCUCUUUUGUCUAAGGACCCGCCCCAAGUUUCAGUCGAAACCACUUCGCCGGUAAAUCGUAUUGAUCAUCAAGAUUUGCAGCACGUCUCAGGAGGAGAGGGAACUGAAAAGCCAUUGAAUCGGAAUGCUGCUGAAGAACAAGAAAUCAGUGCUGAACGGCCCGAAGAUUCAGAGGAUGAGGCGGAAGAAAUCUUCUCUGAAUUCGUGCCUCUUAAUAUUGAGUUGGAGCCUAGGAAAUUUACGUUGCAUAGUCGAGAGAAGUUGAGAAUAAAUGAUGACGGUCAAAUUGAACACUAUCUCGCGGAGGUUGAUGAAGAAGUUGAUCCUCUUAGCCGCUGGUCUGAAGGUGAGAUUGAUGAUGCUUUGAAGGACAAAUCAGAUGGCUUUACAGUUGUUAAGCACAAGAGGGGUCGUAAAACUAAGGCUGAAAGGCUAAAGCUACAAGAGGGUCUAAUUCCUAGGCGCUCUCCUCGGUUCUUUUAA